AUGCUCCGUGGACAAAGACCUGGUUCAGCCUGCAGCUUGCUCCGGCCCCAUGAUCCCACAGGGCAAACAACAGCCUCAUUCUCUGCACCACUGCUGACCUCAUUGUCUCUUUGUCCAGGGAAAAUCCACACUUGCAUUCUGUUAAAUGGAGCAUCAACGAGUAGAGAUGGAGAGUCAUUAUCAGUGAUUGAAAAUCCAGCAGUUGUCCCUUCAACCUUUCAGUCAGAGAAAACUUCCAGACUUGUAGACACCAAAGACGCUCAGUGCAGAACUUGGAUUCAGUCUUUUGCUCAUAGACUUGUGAGGUUUUUGGCUGCAUUGUGUGCUGUUGGACUGCUGGGGGGUCUGGCUGUUGGGGUCUGGUUUCUGGUCAAAUUACUCCUAAAACCUUCCUCCACUCACAGUCCAGUGGGCUUAGGUGACACCAAAGAAACGUCUUUCUGCAAUGUGACGGAAGACAUUUCCAUCUCUGACUCUAGAAAAGUGUUUUACAGAAUCAGCCCAGAGAACUCCCUUCUGGAGAUCCAGCUGGGCAAAGUGCCCACCUGGCUGCCUGUGUGCUACGAGAGGUGGAACUCUUCUCUGGGAACACUGGUGUGUCGACAGCUGGGUUAUCUCAGUCUGGCCAAACAUAAAGGAGUAAAUCUUACUGACAUUGGACCAAGCUACAUAAAUGAGUGUGGGACGAGGGCAAAGCUGCCCAGAAUAAUCGGAGGGGUUGAGGCCGCGCUGGGCAGGUGGCCGUGGCAGGUCAGCCUUUACUACAGCAACCGCCACAACUGCGGAGGCUCCAUCAUCACCAGUCGAUGGGUCGUCACAGCCGCCCAUUGUGUUCACAACUACAGACUUCCUCAAGUGUCCAACUGGGUGGUCUAUGCUGGCAUUGUCACCCGCAGUUCAGCUAAAAUGGCUCAACACCUGGGAUAUGCUGUUGAAAAAAUUAUAUACAACAAAAACUACAACCACAGAAGUCAUGACAGUGACAUAGCCCUGAUGAAGCUGCGAACGCCAUUGAAUUUCUCAGAUACAAUACGACCAGUGUGCUUGCCACAAUACAACUAUGAUCUACCCGGAGGAACACAAUGCUGGAUCUCUGGAUGGGGCUACACACAACCUGAUGGCAUUCAAUCACCAGACACGUUAAAAGAAGCUCCUGUUCCUAUAAUAAGUGCAAAAAAGUGUAAUAGCUCCUGUAUGUACAAUGGUGAAAUCACAUCGAGGAUGCUUUGUGCUGGAUAUACAGAGGGAAAAGUGGAUGCCUGUCAGGGGGACAGCGGGGGACCAUUGGUGUGCCAGGAUGAUAACGUGUGGAGGCUGGUGGGGGUUGUCAGCUGGGGGACUGGUUGUGCUGAACCUAAUCAUCCUGGUGUGUAUACCAAAGUGGCUGAAUUCUUGGGCUGGAUCUAUGACAUGAUUGAGAAUUACUAA